AUGGCGGAGGAAAAUGACACAAGCCACUGUAAAAAUGAAAAUGAAAAUGGGAAAAGCAACAAUGGUAAUGAGGUUGAGGACAAUGAAAGUGAAAUCACCAACAUAGACCAAGAAAGUGAACUAGAAGGUGAAAACACCUAUUCUUCUGUUGAAAUGAAGCACAAAAAGAAGAAAGCAUUAUUGGAAUUCCGGUGCAGGGUUGAAAAUGCGAUUCUUGGGAAUUAUCUGCUUGGGAAACCACCCAAAAACCUUUCACCUUUCAAAAUCAAAAGGGCAAGAGAACAACUUAGAGAUAUCACCCUUUGGGGCGUGCCUUUAUUGCCAAGUAAAGGCCAUGAAGGAACCGACAUUGUGCUUUUAAAAUUCUUAAAAGCGAAAGAUUUCAAGGUUCAUGAGGCUUUUGGGAUGCUCUGGAAGACACUGAAAUGGAGGAGGGAAUAUAAGACUGAGGGAAUUCUUGAUGAGAAGUUGGAUUCUGAUCUUGAAAAUCUGGUUUGCUUGAUAAGUAGAGAUAAGGAGGGUCACCCUUUGUGUUUCCUAAACUAUGGGCCUUUCAAGGACAAGGAAUUGUACAAGAAAGUGUUUGGGUCAGAAGAGAAAUGUGAUAAGUUUCUAAGGUGGAAGGUGCAAAACAUGGAAAAGGUUAUAAAAAAGCUGAGAUUCAAGAAUGGAGGUGUGGACUCCAUAGUUCAAAUUAUAGAUUUAAAGAACUCUCCGGGGCCAGCAAUGAAAGAGCUUCAUUCUGUUAGCAAGAAAUUUAUGUUACUGCUUCAAGACUAUUAUCCUGAGCUCUUUCACAAAAUUAUUGUCAUAAAUGUUCCAUUGUGGUACUAUGCAUCCCAUGUGCUGCUUUUAGGGGUCAUAAAUCUGAGGACUAAAAGAAAGUUUGUCUUUGCCAGACCAUCAAAAGCUACAAAAAUCCUUCUCAAGAUCAUAGCCCCGGAAAACCUUCUUGUUGAAUAUGGUGGUCUCAAGAGGGAGAAUGAUGAUGACUUCACGUCAGCAGACAAUGCUUCUGAGCAUACAAUCAGAGCAAAUUCAGCUGCACAUAUUGAAUUUCCAGUCACAGAGGCUGGAGUUACAAUGGUAUGGGAUUUAACUGUUGUCGGAUGGGAUGUGUCAUACAAGGAGGAGUUUAUUCCAGACGAUGAAGGAUCCUACAAGAUCUUGUUGCAAAAUCAAAAGAUAAUGGGGGAGUGUGUUAGGAAUUCCUUCUACAUUAGUGAACCUGGGAGAAUUGUGUUAACCAUUGACAAUGGGACCUUAAAAAAGAAGAGGGUUUUAUAUAGAUCUAAAGCAAAACCCACAGUCCCCAUGUAUAUCUUCUUAAAGUAG